AUGCACUCCGAGUACCGCGACGACGAAGAGAACCUUGUGUCUGACAUUCCGGCCCUGACGGACGAAGAAGCAGACCACGACGUCGAAAGCCGCGACUUUCACGUCCGGACAGGCUCGGACGGCUCAGCGACCGGCCUCCCCGUCCCCGUCUGGCUCCGAGAAGCCUCGCACACAUUCCCAUACAAAUGGGUUCCAUUACCCGUGCGAAAAGCAUCUCGUGCCGUCGUGACGUGGGUCAAAGGACCGGUACCUCCCCGAGUGCUCAAGAUCGAUCCCAUAUACCCGAAGAUCCAACAAGCGCCGAUCCAACUCCUGGACAAAUAUGCACCCAAGAGGAAACAGCGGAUCAUGCUCCUGGUGGCACUGUAUGCAUGCUGGUUUCUGACGUGGUCGCUGAUGCUCAAGCAACAAGCCACGACGGGGUCGAUCAAGGGCUACGGCAAGCCUCGCAACCUCUGGUGCGGCGCCAGUUUCUGGGAAGAAGGCAACGGAUGCGGUCUUAACGGGAACCAAUGCCGGCCGUUCUCCUCGGCACACCUGACGUUCCGAUGUCCGGCGAACUGCAAAGGCACGCAUCUGCUGGAAGAACGCAUCGUCGGGAACAAAUCGCUGCGCUACGAAGGGUUGGUCGUGGGCGGGCCGGACCCGCUCGACCCGGACUCGAUCCCCGUGUAUCGCGGCGACAGCUUCAUCUGCCAGGCGGCGAUCCACGCGGGCGUGACCACCGACGCGACGGGCGGGUGUGGAGUCGCCACGCUCGUGGGCGCGCACAGCAACUUCAAGGCCAGCAAGGCGAACGGCAUCGAGAGCAUCGACUUCCCCGCGACGUUCCCGCGGUCAUUCACGUUCCAGCGUCUUUCAGCUUCGCAGGCCAAGUGUCCGGUGGAUUCACGCUGGCCGUUGUUCGCGGUGACGGCCGCGGCGCUGGUGAUUUUGUCCAUCAUGACCACCUCUCCGGCCGUGUUCUUCUUCAGCACGUUCGUCAUCAUGUUUCUGCACGUCGGGCUGGUCUCGGAUCCCCCCAGCACCGCCAACAUCUACGAAGCCAUCAGCAAGCUGCUGGAACGGUUCCUCCCGGCCGCGUUCGUCUCGUACAUCUUGUAUCGCACUUCCGCUUUGCCCCUGCUGAACGGACUGACCGCGCAGAUCGAAAAGACAGUUCUCUAUCUUGGAUUCUGCUUUAUUGGAGCGCUCAACAACUACACUUUCGGCCCUCUGAUCCCCAUCGAGCGACUGACGCCUCACGAUCUCGCGCAGCCGGGCGCUCCGUUCGCGUUGGCCAUCAUCAUCACUUUGAUUCUGCUGAUCGUCGGCACCCAGAUCCACUGGAUCCGCGUCUCGGGCAACAUGCCCAAAUACCUAGCCAUCUACGCCGGCAUGGGCCUGACGUUGAUUAUCCUGCUGGUUCUGCCCGGGUUCCGCCUCCGCAUCCAUCAUUACAUUCUGGCGCUGGUGUUCAUGCCGGGCACGGGCUUCCAGAUCCGUCCGAGUCUGGCCUAUCAGGGCUUGUUGUUGGGUCUGUUCGUGAACGGCGUGGCGCGAUGGGGGUUCGCAUCUAUCAUCGAGACCCCGGUGGCACUCGGAGAGGUGCCGUCUGGAGGCGGAUCGUCAUGGUGGGGUGCGAAAUCGCCCAACGUGACAGCGGUGGUUCAUAAUGUUGGGGCAAUGGUUCGUGGUGGUGGUGGUGGUAUCAUUGCUGCUGCUACUGCUCCUCCUGCUGGUGAUCACAGUACUGAGUCUCUUCUACCCUCUACUAUCCCCAUCCCCGGGUUCGACGAUGGCACCUCGACAACAUCAACACCCAACAUCACCUUCCACUGGGGCCCGCUCCCGCGCGACCAGGGCAUCGACGGCGUCAGCAUCCUCAUUAACGACGUCGAGCGCUGGCGCGGCUACACCGACGAAGAACUGUACUGGAACGAAGAGGAAGUGACACUGCCGCGAAGACGAGAGGGAAGAGAAAAAAGCCAACCAGGUAUCGUUGGUGGUGAGAAGUCUCUAAUACCCAAACUAGACCUCGACCUCGCCUUCGUCCAAGAAUCAGAGUCAGAAUCAGAAUCAGAAUCAGAAUCCAAUUCCAACUCGAAGUCGGAGUCGGAGUUAGACUUGGAACCCGAUUUCGAUUUCGAACCCCAGUUCAUCAGGUUCGCUUGGAUGAAAGGUAACUCGGCCGGCCGGUAUAGUAAGGUCGGGGUGUGGGAUGAGAAGGGCGUGUGGCAUGAUAUUCCAUCCUAG